GUUUCUUGCCAAACCGGUUAACACAAAUGUAAUAGUAGAUAAAUUUCACAGUGCACCGGAACAACAAGCAUGUACGGCCAACCGAUAAUCGUCUUGAACCAGAACACGAAGCGUGAGAGUGGUAAGAAGGUCCAGUUUGGAAACAUAAACGCUGGCAAGGCAAUAGCAGAUGUAAUUAGAACAUGUCUUGGUCCAAGGUCCAUGUUGAAGAUGUUGAUGGAUCCCAUGGGUGGCAUUGUGAUGACAAAUGAUGGAAAUGCUAUUUUGAGAGAGAUCAAUGUACAGCACCCAGCUGCAAAGUCAUUUAUUGAGGUGGCCCGUACACAGGACGAGGAAGUAGGGGAUGGAACUACAUCGGUCAUUAUCCUAGGUGGUGAGAUGCUGUCUGUGGCUGGACCAUUUCUGGAACAACAGAUGCACCCAACAGUUAUUAUCAGUGCAUUUAGAUUGGCCCUUGAAGAUAUUCUUGAAAUACUGAAGAAAAAAAUUAGCACAUAUGUUGAUGUCAGUAACAGGGAUGAGAUGCUGAAGAUUUUAAAAAGUUCUGUUGGCACAAAAUUCAUCAGUAAAUGGUCAGAUCUGGCAUGCAACAUUGCCCUUGAAGCCACCAAAACUGUAGCACUUGAAGAAAAUGGUAGAAAAGAAAUUGAUAUUAAAAGAUACGCUAAAGUAGAGAAGAUCCCAGGUGGAACUAUUGAGGAGUCUGAAGUUUUAAAGGGAGUAAUGAUCAACAAAGAUGUAGUCCAUCCAAAAAUGAAGAGACGUUUAGAGAACCCUAGAAUACUUCUACUUGACUGUAAUUUAGAAUACAAGAAGGGAGAAAGUCAGACAAAUAUUGAAAUUUCAAAGGAAGAAGAUUUUUCUAAGAUCUUGAGGAUGGAGGAAGACUUCAUAGAGAAGAUGUGUAAAGAAGUAAUAUCUGUGAAGCCUGACCUUGUCAUCACAGAGAAGGGAAUUUCCGACUUAGCUCAGCACUAUCUCAUUAAGGCUGGUAUCACCUGUAUAAGACGAGUGAGGAAGUCUGAUAACAACAGAAUUGCCAGGGCUUGUGGAGCAACCGUUGUUAAUCGUACAGACGAAAUAAGAGAGGAUGAUAUUGGAACAGAAUGCGGUCUUUUUGAAGUGAAGAAGUUCGGAGACGAGUAUUUCACAUUUCUAACUGAAUGUAAAAAUCCAAAAGCAUGUACGAUCUUGUUACGUGGUGCCAGUAAAGACAUCCUGAAUGAAGUAGAGAGGAAUCUCCAAGAUGCCAUGAACGUGGCAAGAAAUGUCAUGCAGGACCCAUACCUUGUUCCUGGUGGAGGAGCCGCAGAAAUGGCGCUAGCUCAGGAAUUGAAUGAGAAGGCUAAAAGUAUCACUGGAGUACAUCAGUGGCCAUACCGUGCUGUAGCUCGUGCCCUCGAAGUUAUACCAAGAACCUUGAUACAGAAUUGUGGGGCCAGUACCAUUAGAACACUUACAGCUUUAAGAGCUAAACAUGCUCAAUCAGACUGUGUAUCAUGGGGUGUUAAUGGGGAAAAUGGAAAUAUCGUAGACAUGAAAGAUUAUGGUGUUUGGGAAGCUUACUCUGUUAAAGCCCAGACAUACAAAACUGCUAUAGAGACUGCAAUUUUAUUGUUACGUAUUGACGAUAUUGUAUCUGGAACAAAGAAACAAUUGGAGGCACUCAGUGCCCCGGCAGGUGGUGCUGCAGCUCCCCAAGCACAGCCUGCAGGCCCAGAGGAUUGAUUCUAGAACUUUAAAUUAGCAUAACUUAUACAAAGUGUUCGUCAUUCUAACACCAUUUAUAGAUGUGCUUAAUUGAAUUCCAUGAGAAUGAACAAAUGUGCUUAUGUUGCUUUUUUUCUAUAAAUAAAUAUUUAUUUAAUAAAACGCCACAAAUACGUGUGUCUUUGUAAAAUAAUAACUUGAUAAAAAUGUCAGAAAUUUUUUUUAUUUUUGUGAAGCAAUUCUCUAACUGAUAUGCAGUUUAAUGUUGGACUUGUGUUAUCAAUUCAAAAUUAAGUUUAGGCACAUAAUUAUGUAAUUUAUGGUUUCAUUAUGAUGAAGAAAAUAUUCAUGAAAGUCUACAGUGUAUUUUACUUUCUCUUUUUAUCAAGAAUUAUGCAUUGGACAAAUUUACAUAUUUAUUUCAUCUUUUCUUCCUGUCAAUUGUCUCGUGAAAUUGUGAAAAUUUUGUACCUUUUUUUUGCAAAAAUAGAUCUUGAAUAUA